AUGGAUAAUAUCUACAUAGUUAUUCUGGCAUUCAUUGCCAUCUAUGUGUUUGGGCAAUUCUUCCAAGACCGCACACCAAUCCCCGAGACCUCGGGCAAUGUGUUCAAGAUCGCCAAAGCUGAGGAGCUGGAUGCCCUCCUGUCCUCGACUACCCAUGUGGUUGUAGACUUUUAUGCCGACUGGUGUCCACCCUGUCGCGCUAUUGCGCCCAUCUUUUCCAAGCUGGCCGACGCCCACACAACCAAGAACCAGCUUGCUUUCGCCAAGGUCAAUGUGGACCAUGUGAAGAAUGUCUCUGCUCGCUAUGGUGUGUCUGCGAUGCCGACUUUUGUCAUCUUUCAGAAGGGUGCCCCUACGGGUGUGGCCGUCAAGGGCCUGGAGGGUCGUCAGUCUGUGACUGUUACCUCGGAUGGGCUUGUUAACAGAAUUCGUGGUGCGGACCGAGUUGCGCUUGAAGCAGUGGUAGCCACGCUGGCUGCUCAGAUCGAGGGCCCAAGCGACGCAGGCGCAAGCAAGGAGAAGCAGUAA